CCCUCUACUUUACACAAAUCACCCAACUUUCUAUUUAUUUCUCGGCUUUAUUCCUUAGACACGAGAAGCAUUCUUUCUUACAACAUCUAACGAGGGCACACCCUAUCUAGACACAGAAGUGGCCUGCAGAGUUGGCACACGCAGUACGGUGCGACUUUCAUUUUGAUCUCGUCCUCCGCACCUUGUACCGACUUCUCAGCAUCUUCUCGGCUGCCUUCUUUCGUUUCUUGCCUCGCCGCGCCUCGCCUCGCCUCGCCUUGCCUUGUCUUCCGAUCAACAACAUCGUCAAACAUUUGAUCAUUACUUGGCCUUUCUAAUUUACAUCAUCACUUUCACUUACUAUCCCAUUGCAUUUGUCUUUCUUUAACCGGUCGCAAUCGGUUUCCACUCCCUCACCGGGACAUUUUGAUCAAUAAUUCCCUGUGUACCCUAUCUUAUCAACGCGACUGCCUGUCGCUUAAUCAAGACAACAUGCCUGUCAUUGAUGGAUUCAUCGACCGUGUGAUGAACAAGAUCUCUACUAUUGAUGAACGCAUCAACAGAUCGACUUUCGGUCGCGUCUUUCGCCUAGAUGGAUCUGGUCACCCUAAAACUGUUCGAGGUUCGUCUUUCUUUCGAGAGAUCCGCGCCGGCUUGACUACCUUCGCAACUAUGGCCUACAUUGUCGCUGUCAACGCUGCCGUUCUUGCGGACUCUGGAGGCAUGUGUGAGUGCCCGGAAGGAUCUGAACCUGGCUGCCCUGGAGACCCCGGCUAUGCCGACUGCCAGACAAUUCUGAAGCGAGACCUGAUUACCGCUACCGCUGCCCUUUCUGGCCUUUCUAGCAUCGUGUUUGGUUUCCUUACGAAUCUUCCUGUUUCUCUUGGACCAGGUAUGGGCCUUAACGCCUAUUUCACCUACCAAGUCGUUGGAUGGCACGGCACAGGCAUGGUCCCUUACAAGGUCGCUCUUCUUGCCAUCUUUGUGGAAGGAUGGAUCUUUGUCUUCCUCGCUUUGACUGGAAUGCGACAGUGGUUGGUUCGAAUGAUCCCGGCUACCAUCAAGACAGCCUGUGGUGUGGGCAUUGGACUCUUCCUCACUGAGAUCGGCUUGUCGUAUUCUGCAGGUAUUGGCGCUAUCACGGGCGGAUUCUCUACUCCCCUUACAAUUGGAGGAUGCCCUGCCGAGUAUCUUAACGACAAGGGAGAGUGCUCUAGUCACAUCAUGACAAACCCUGGAAUGUGGAUUGGCAUUUUCAUUGGCGGCAUCUUCGUUGCAUUCUUGAUGGCCUUUAAGGUCAAGAGUGCCAUUGUCAUCGGUAUUGGAAUUGUCUCCAUCAUGUCUUGGCCUCGUAACACUUCUUUCACUUAUUUCCCGUACACGGAGGCUGGCGAGGAACGAUUCCAAUUCUUCAAACAGGUUAUCGCGUUCCAUCCGAUCAAGACUGUCCUGAAUGCCCAAGACUGGGGCCUGGGAGGUGCCGCUGGCGCCCAAUUCGGCUUGGCUCUCAUCACCUUCCUCUAUGUCGACAUCAUUGAUUGUACUGCUACGCUUUACUCGAUGGCCAAGUUCUGCGGUGUCGUUAGAGAAGACGGCGACUUUCCCCGAUCGACCCUUGCGUAUUGCACUGACGCAGUCAUGAUUUCAAUUGGUUCCCUCUUCGGUUGUUCGCCCGUUACUGCCUUCAUCGAGAGUGGUGCAGGAAUUGCAGAAGGUGGCCGUACCGGUUUGACUGCAAUUUCGGCUGGUGUUUGCUUCCUUAUCUGUUUGUUCUUUGCCCCGAUUCUGGCCUCUGUCCCACCCUGGGCAACUGGAUCAACCUUGGUUUUGGUUGGUUGCCUAAUGAUCCGCCAAGUCAUCAACAUCAACUGGCAGUACAUCGGCGAUGCUGUUCCGUCUUUCGUUACCUUGGCAUUCAUGCCUUUCAGCUACAGUGUCGCCUAUGGUCUAAUUGCGGGUAUGAUGGUCUACGUGGUUCUGAACACGAUGAUCUUCUUCAUUGUCUGGGCCACCAAAGGCAGAGUCACUCCGUCGAACUGGGAAGAGAAGGAGGUUUAUGAUUGGGGACUGGGAUCCAGAGAUGUCCCCCGCUGGAUGAAGCGUGUUGCCAGAAAGGUUAUGCCCGGUCGCUUCGAGACUAACAGUCAGAAGGAUGCUGUCGAGUUGGUGGACAACGAGAGCGCCAUGAAUGCCGGCACCGACACUAGCUCACGACGCCAUUCUGGUGACGAGCACAAGGAUUUGGACAUCUUGCAGAGCCACCCUCAGGCCCGAAUUCGACACCGCGAGCAUGAUCUACCGUCGCUCAACUAAUGAAGCAAGGAAGCUAUCUGGUUGUAUAUGCCUGUUGCAGGCAUACAUUCUCUGAUGUUUUGGAAUGAUUUGCGUUCACUAAUAUGUCCUGAUGAGGAAUUGGCAUGAGGGAAGGACGAAAAUACGCCGAUAAUAACUGGAAAAGGACUAAAAAAGUAGGAGAUGAGAUGGUUGGUAAGAUGCACUUCUGACAUGUCUACGGAAAUUGAUUAGGAUCGUUUUCCCUAAGGCGUAUAUAAUGACGAAGUGGAGGGAGGGAAAAAAAGAAUGUACUGGCAGGAUCUCUUGCUUAGCUUUGCAAAAGGCCUAAAAGUUAGCAGAUUCCAAGAAGCCAUAGCCUCUGAGCAAUACAAAACGAUGAUAUUCAUGUGAAAAAGUCGUGAUGUUGAUUAGCUGUGAUAAUUCAGGUAGA